CGAAAGUGUAAGCAUUAAAACUCAUCGAAGUCAUCAGAAAAUUUUGUGCGUUCUCAGCUUUGUGAAUUUCAAGACAUAAAUUAUUUAAUAAAUAUGAGCACGUCAAAAAUGCAACAUGAACAGCUAUUUCGACGAUACGAAGAUCCUCAUAAUCCAACAAAAAUCUCAGUCGAUGGUGUAUGUCGACUUUUGGAAGAUUUACAACUCGAUCCGACAUCGAAAUUGGUUUUGAUCUUUGCAUGGAAAUGUCGUGCCGAAAAUCAAUGUGAAUUCACAAAAAAGGAAUUUAUUAAAGGUUUUAUUGAAUUGGACGUUGACAGUAUAGAUCGUUUAAGAUCGAAACUACUAGCACUGGAAAAUGAGUUACGUCUACCGACAAAAUUCAAGGAUUUCUAUGAUUUUACAUUCAACUAUGCAAAAGACGGUACACAAAAAGGCAUGGAUCUGGAAACGGCCAUCACAUACUGGAACAUUUUGCUCAGAGGUCAAUUUAAAUUUCUUGAACAAUGGUGCGAAUUCUUGACGAAAAAUUAUAGUCGCCCGAUUCAAAAGGACGUGUGGAAUUUGUUGUUAGAAUUCGCAAUCGAGAUCGAUGACGACAUGUGUAAUUAUGACUCUGAAUGUGCGUGGCCAGUAUUGAUGGAUGAAUUUGUCGAAUGGUUUCAUACAAAUUACUAAUGACAACCGUUGAUAAGCCAAACGACAAGUAGGGGCAACGAAAAAGAACACAUCAGUGCGAUUAAUCCAACCAACAACUCAAUUUUUAACUUGAAAAAAUAUUACUGAAAACAAACAUGUGUCCAUUUGAUGUCUCUU